CUUAGUUUGAAUCGCGAAUACCGUUACACGGUUCAGUGGUUCACACCCAACACCCUAACAUAAAUCUUCAUUUCAUCCUAAAAUUCUGCAUUGACAUUUUAAAACAUGAACUUUUGUAAACUUUUCAACUGGCCUAAUAAGGUCACUUUGUGCAGAUAAAUUUUCUUUGAUGGUAAUUUAAAUAAUUAUUUAUACACAUCUGUACGCAUCCCCUCCUGUUAGCCAAUCUAUCCCACAAUACAUUUUCUUGAAGUUUAGUUAUUUAUAUUCAAACCUUGAAAAUCAAUGCACUAGAAUGAGUAAUAAUUACUUUAAACAAACACACAAGUGCAUUUGUGCUAUUUUGGUAUUGUAUUUUCUAGGCGUAUUAGGAAAAAUAGAAGAUGGAUAUUGCGUAAAAGUUUACUACAAACAAGACGAUUACUAUAGAAUUCAAUGUUUCAGGCAACACUCCAAUGUUUUAUCAAUUACAACUGACAAGAAUGACGUGAUAGAAUAUUUAACCUCAAAUUUUUCUACCAGCUGUUUCAACAUCAAAAGCAGAGCAACUAAAACUACAAUUUUUGCUUGUACUAAAAUACAAAAUGAUGAAUGUAUAAUAGAAAACGAGGAAACAGGCUUUUGGUUCGGUUUUACCAAAGACAGUAAUAGAAUCGCAUGUAAGCGGGUUUUUGGAAGAAAGCUGUAUAAAGGGUUGGAAUUUAAAAAUUUAACUGUUUCGGUUCAUAUGUACUUUAUUUUGGAUGUUCCAUUCAAAACACACUUUAUUGUGUAUGUUCCAUUCAAAACACCACCAAGAGAAUAAUAAACAUGCAUGCAUACAUACAAUUUUAUUUUUAUUAAAAUAAUCUGAGAAUAUAUUCUCUACUUGUAAUAAUUCAACGUCAUCAUACUCAUUAUGAAUAAACAUUUUUAACAAAGAAAGAGUUUUUAAAUUUAAUUAUUCUAGGAAUUAAUAUCUGCAAUGUAGAACACAGGAAGCAGGGUCUAUAAGUAAUCCUAUUAACAAUUGUGAGAACCCAUUUAUCGAAAGUACGAACCUCAGAGUACUUAUAUAUAAUUAUAAAUGAUUGCUUUCAAUCCAUUUUAAAUUUUAGUUUGGGAUUUCCGAAAUUAUAGUAUAUGUCAAUGUGUCCUAUUGUGAAAAAGGAUUUCUCUGGGAAAAAUAAAAGUUUAGAUCAGUUAUUUAAAAGCAAAAUUGUUUCAGUAUAUUUUAUAGUAUUUCACAACAGAUAAAAUUAACAAUGUUGAAAAGGUUUGUAUAGCUAGAAUACUAUUUUUAUCAUAAUAAAUAUGAAAAUCUUUUUCAAAAUAGAGCUUGGAAAUUACUGACUUUACGUUUCAAUGCUAUAAAUCAAGUGACGACAACUGUUGAACAGUAAAAAUCAAAAUUCAACAAUUUCAAAAUAAAGUUAUAAUAUUUGUUUGUAUACUCACAUCAUAUUAAACCAAACAACUGACGCGAUGUCAUAAAAAAUUCUCAAUCAAAACGAAAAACUUUCAAGCGUUAUCAGCACGCUUUAAAGCUUCUAAAGGAG